AUGGAAUCCACGACACCUUUGAUCACCCCGGAUGAUCACUCCGCUGGUCGAAGAGCUCGCGAAGUAUACCGUUUCUUUCGUCCUGAGCGGUUAGCGCCAAUCGAUGGAGAUGCUUCAUAUUCUCGAAAGGCAGACCUCGACCUACCUGGCUCCCCGCACUCGAAUAUAUCACAAUCUUCACAUUGUUCUACUCCAUCCACGCUCAAUUCUAUGAUAAUUGGUGACUCAAGCUCGACACUGAAUUCCUUUGCCCAACUUGCCGCGCUACGCCUAGAUGUAGACCGAGUGUUCAUUAGUGUAUCAGAUCGUGAUUCUCAAUUUAUUUUAGCACAGGCUGCACAGACAGCUGGUGACACGAAGUACGACUCUCUAUGUGAUGGCCUAUACUCGGGACCCUCAACUCUGGAUACAAAGACUUGGAUUAUGUGCAAAGAUACCGUCGCACUACCCCCAUCUACUCGCACAAAAGGAAAUCAAAAUUUUAUCAUCUCAAACGACCUCAGCCAAGAUGAUCGAUAUAAGCAUCUGCCACUCGUGCAGAAAGACCCUAAAUUCCGCUUUUAUGCCGGUACACCAAUCACCACCGACAGUAAUAUCAACCUCGGUUGUUUUUUCGCUCUUGACACAAAACCCCAUGCCGAAUUCACGAAUAUUGAAAAGGAAACUAUGGGCCAAAUAGCUAUUCUUAUUAUGGAAUUUUUGAAGAUUAGUCGUCAAGCUUCUGAGGGCCGCCGUGCAUCCCGACUGUCUCUUGGUCUCAAUUACUUUGUCGAAGGUAAUGCGCGAUUUUCAGAUGCCUGUCAGAGCCCAGGUUUGGCGAAUCCAGCUUCAGAGCCCUUUAACGAACGAAGCGUCUCUUCCCCGGCAAGAAAGGCCCGCUCACAGACUCGAGAUCACCUUAGCAUCAGCAAUGCUUCACCUAAGCGAUCUCGAUCUCGCGGCAAUAGUACACACUCCUUCAAGUCUGCCUCUGAUGUCUCGGGCGAAGCAUCUGUCUCAUCUAGUUACGAAGUAGCUUAUCAAAAUGAAUGGGAUCGCAUUAGGACUGGUGAUGCAAAGGGAACGAAGGGAAACUCAUGGACAUUUCGACGAGCAGCAAAUUUGAUUCGAGAAAGUCUCGAGUUACAAGGAGAUGAUGGUGUCGUUUUCGUGGAAGCUGGCCGCGACGAUGUGUCUAAUAGUGGUUCUGACAGCGACAUCUCAAGCUCCUCAAGCUAUACAGACAACUCGAAACCAGUUUCUGUAUUGGCAAUUUCCACCGAAGAAAAUUCCUUUGACCAGGAGAAGACUUCCAUCUCGAGUGCAAUGCAAAAUAUGGACGAAGAAUUUAUGCGCCACCUGUUGCGUCGAUAUAAUAAGAAAGGCAACAUCUGGUCUUUCCACCGUGAUGGAAUGCUGUCUAGUUCCGAAGGCGAAGAUUUACCACGCCGAAGGCGUGCUCGGGCAAGACCAGCCUCCUUACGAUCCAAGACCCAGAAGUGGAAAUUGAGAGAGAACUUGACAUUAAAUGCUUGUUUCCCUGGUACCACACAGGUACUUUUCGUUCCUCUGUGGAAUGCAGCUAAUGCCCAGUACCUUGGUGGAUUCUUCUGCUGGAACUCCGUUGAAAGUCUUGUCUUCAGCCCUACAGUAGAGCUCAGCUCAUUGAUUGGAUUUGGAACUUCUAUCAUGGCGGAAUACAAUCGAAUCGAGUCUCUCAUUGCUGAUCGACAAAAAGCCGACUUCCUUGGCAGUAUCUCUCAUGAACUUCGCAGCCCUCUUCACGGAAUUUUAGCGGCCACAGAAUUCCUUCAUAAAACAGAACUAUCACCCCAUCAAGUCACGCUUAUGGAAACCAUCGAUGCAUGCGGUCGGACUUUGCUCGACACAAUGAAUCAAGUAUUGGAUUUCAGCAAGAUAAUGUCCAACGAAAAACAGUUCAGGCGUUCAAAAAAUAGGAAGAAAAGACUGUCACAAGAUGACAAGAAAAGUCUUCAUCGCUCUGCUUCCCACUUGGAUAAACACAUCCCAACUGAUGUUUCCAUUUUGGCGGAAGAAGUGAUAGAGGGUUUAUGUUUGGGUCACUUUCAUAGUCAACUUACCACCACUUCGGGCUCCCUACGACGCGAUUCAGAUGCCGAGAGCACCACUCGAGACUCAACUCCACCAGUGGACGUGGAUAUAGAUAUUUCAUCGAACAAUUGGAUCUAUCACACAGCUCCGGGUGCCCUUCGACGGAUCAUCAUGAACAUUGUCAGCAACGCCCUCAAGUAUACAUCAGAGGGUCGUAUUACUAUAAAAUUGGACGCGAAAGAGUCAUCCGAAACUACCGACACCGACAUUGUGACUUUGACGGUAACUGAUACCGGCAAGGGAAUCUCAGAAGAAUUUUUGCGAAGCGGGAUCUUCACUCCCUUUUUGCAGGAGGAUAGCCUGGUCAGUGGAUCUGGUCUUGGCCUUUCUAUUGUUCGCAGCCUCAUUCGGUCACUUGGUGGUACUAUCAACAUUCAGAGUCAGCUGGGCAAAGGCACAAUUGUCAAGGUAAUGCUUUCACUUGCGCGUCCAGAGUCGGAAAAUUGCGAUGGUAUGCUUGGUCCAGCUUCAUUUUGUUCAUCCAACGAAAGAGGUGUUGUAUCAAAUGACUUUCGCACCACGGAGAUGACUCUUUCUGGACUGAACAUUGCUAUACUGGACGUUGAACCAGAAGAAGCCCCCAGUAAUCCGACUUGGAAAGACCUGUCUCGCUACCUCACUGAUGGGUAUGGUAUGAACUUGGUUUCCGCAUCCUCUGAUACGCCUUUGGACGUUAUAAUGGCGGAAAAAAUGCCUUCAAAACCCGACAUCAACAAAAACAUCACCACAAAUCCCGCCGUAAUCGUUUUCACUAAAGGCUGGAUCAGCAAUCGCUCCAUGGAAGUCAAGUCCCCCUUCGGCAACAAAUUCGUGAACAUAAUCAACAGACCAUGCGGUCCCCACAAGCUUAGACGUUCUAUCCAAAAGAGUCUCAAGCAGCCACCACCACAAUCUUUCACAAAAGCAUUGACGACAUUACCUGAACGAACCAGACAACAAAUCUCAAACGAUGAACGAACAAUUAAUAUCACCCCUCCAAGUCCACCACCCUCGGAAACCGACAGUCUCAGAUCCAACCAAAGCAGCAAACGCGAAGCUCGCAUCCUCGUCGUCGAAGACAACAAAAUAAACCUGAAUCUAAUGCUAGCAUUCCUCAACAAACGAAAACCCUCAAUCCUAGACUCAGCAGAGAAUGGCCAACUUGCCGUAUCAGCCGUCGAAGAAGAACAAACAGGCUACGACAUUAUCUUCAUGGAUAUCUCAAUGCCAAUAAUGACAGGUAUAGAAGCAACACGAGCAAUCCGCGCCAUCGAAAGAAAGCGAAGCGGCGAUAGAAAACCAGCCACUAUCAUCGCAUUAACGGGCCUGAGCAGUCCGAGCGAUAGAUCUGAAGCUCUUGAGUCUGGAAUGGACAUGUUCUUGACAAAGCCGGUGGCGUUUAAAAAUAUUAAAAACAUUCUUGACGGGUGGGUAGAAUCUGGGCUUGAAAGCCAGAGUGAGAGCGCUGUUGACUCGGAGUAG